UCUUUUUUUAAAACUUUGUUCUCCUCUGGUAAAAAAAAAAAAAAAGAAGACAAAACUUAGUGCUCUCCCUCUUCUUCUCUUUGGUUGGUCUCAAACCAAUAACUUUCUUGGAGAUCUCUUGACCCUUCUCUCUCUCUCUCUCUCUUCGAAAAUUUUCAACCUUUUUUCUCGUCAAGAGAAAAUCUCAUGCGUUCAAGGUUUACGGUAAGGAUCGUCGAAUCUUGAACAAAAAAAGGUUGUCUCCGGCGUGUGGAUCAUACGCCACUAACCGGAAUCAACCCUUUAUAGAUCAAUGGCGACGACAAUGAAGGGUCUUCUUAAGGGCCUUCGUUAUAUUACUCAGAUUUUUGACGAAGAGAAAGAGCAGGAGAUGCAGAUCGGGUUUCCGACCGAUGUAAAGCAUGUUGCUCACAUUGGCUCCGACGGUCCAGCCACUAAUACGCCAAGCUGGAUGAAUGACUUCAAACCUCAAGAACAUGAGAAAGGUCAAGUCGUUUCCAGGGGAAAUUCCAACAAAUACAACCCGCAAGGGAUGAACCAAGGUGGAGUUGGGCUAAAAGAGUUACUGCCUUCGAGCACCAACGAGAAACCGAAACAUAAAACAAGACGGAAAUCCGGAGGAGGAGCUAGUCCAAAUCCAAACGGGUCUCCGCCUAGAAAAAGCAGCGGGAAUGCUGCAUCAUCAGAUGAAUCAUCGAAGCAUUCAAGACAUCACCGAAGCAAACACGGGUCAGUGGACUCAUCGAAUGAUCAAGAACCUUCAGUGCGUAGAAGGCGUGGUGGUAUCCCGGUUCCGGACACGGAAGCAUCUAAUCAUCAUCCUAUUCCUGAUGGUUCAGCACCUCCACGGAAGGCUACAUCCCGUCCAAGGAAACUAAAAGGAUCUGCAGGAGGAGAAGCAUCGAUGAAGAAAUCAUCGAAAGGAAAACCAGAGAAUUCAGUUGAUACUUGUAAUGAUAUUGUCUGAGAAACAUAAAACCAAAACAUGAAAUGUAUUUUUUGGACCAGACCAGACCAGACCACCUGCAUGUAAUGUAAGAGUUUGUUUUCGUUUCUCUCUCAUUGAAGUCUUUUCUUGACAGCUCGAGAAGGAAACACAAAAAAAAAAAAA